CAAUCCAGUCGCUCCGUCUAUAGACCUGAAGUAGUCGAGACCAUACAGUCUAUGGUCGAGACAUACAAGAACGCUUUUCCUAUGUUUAUUAAUUAUCUAGCGGAUAUUAUGUAGCGGGCAGUUCUUACUAUCAAUAAAAGCAGCCGUUUCGAUAUACACGAUGGGGGAGCCACAGCAGGUCAGUGCUCUUCCCCCACCUCCCAUGCAGUACAUCAAGGAGUACACGGAUGAGAAUGUGCGAAAAGGACUGGCCCCCAAACCCCCUCCCCCUAUUCGAGACAGUUACAUGAUGUUUGGUAAUCAUUUCCAAUGUGAUGACCUCAUUAUUCGGCCCUUGGAGAGCCAGGGCAUUGAGCGCCUCCACCCUUUAAAGUUUGACCACAAGAGAGAGCUGAAGAAGCUAAACAUGUCCAUCCUGGUUAACUUUCUUGACCUUCUGGACAUCCUUAUCAAAAGCCCAGGCAGCAUUAAGCGAGAGGAGAAGCUGGAGGACAUGAAACUCCUUUUUGUCCACAUGCAUCACCUCAUAAAUGAGUACCGACCCCACCAAGCCAGGGAGACGCUUCGCGUCAUGAUGGAGGUUCAGAAGAGACAGAGGCUAGAGACCGCGGAGCGUUUCCAGAAGCACCUGGAGAGAGUGGUGGAGAUGAUCCAGGGGUGUCUUGCUUCAUUGCCUGAUGAUUUGCCACAACCAAACAGCUCCAGCGCAGGGGAGGCUGCAUGCUCAGUUGGAAUUUCUAGACUGAAAACCGAGCCUAUGGAUGUAGAUGAGGCAGGAGUAAGCUGCAUGGUUGCACAAACGGACAAAAAUAUGCCCUCUAAGUGGGACAAAGUGUGGGAUAAGGAUGCUGCAAUGUGCAGUAUUAUUGAUGAAAUGACUUGAGCUGUCUAAGGAAUUUUUGUAUGUUUUUGUUGUUAUUCAAGACAUGCCAGUCCUUCAGCGUUGUUACAAAAACUCUGCAUAGGCAGUCAGCAAACAGACAGUCAUUUUAAUAAAAUUGUAUGUAUAAAAAGAGAUCAAUUGAUCUUUUCAUUUUAAUGUAUGGAUUGCUGUGCUUUUUUAUUUUAUCAUAAGAAGUAAACAUAAAAAGACA